AUGCGGGCACAGGCUAACAACCGGCAAAAGAAGAGGAAGCCGAGGAAAAACCGACUGCAAUAUAUUAUGAGGAAACCUAAGCUUAAUCAUAUGAAUGUGAACGUGCAAGUGUUUGCAACUCCUAUUGAUGUCAUACUAUGGCCAUGUUCAGAGGAAGUUCUUUAUGAAGAAAAUGAUAUGGACUGCGAGUUCGAGAUGAGAGGCGUGGUCCCGGAAUCGGAGAAGAUAACAGUGAAGAGGAUGAGGAAGGAGAAGGAGAGGGAGAAAGAGAAGAGGGUUAAAAUUGGGUUUUUAGGUGAAAUGUUGGCUAAUCAUGAGCUGGAGGGGCUGAGCUCGAAGCCUCGAUUGGUCCUCCUCGUCGCCGCCUCCGCCGCCUCCUUCGACGAGGUCGACGCCACGGGGAAAUCGAGGCGUCGGUCCUCGAAGAAGUCCCUGCUUUCUAAUUUGAUACAAGAGAUAGAGCCUUUGGAUUUGAAUCUUAUACAAAAGGAUGUUCCCGCUGAUACCGUGGAUGCAAUGAAGAGGACAAUCUCAGGAAUGCUGGGUCUUCUACCUUCGGACCAGUUCCACGUUUUGGUGGAAGCUUUUUGGGAUCCUCUUUUUAAGUUGCUGGUGUCUUCAAUGAUGACUGGAUAUACUUUACGAAAUGCAGAAUAUAGACUAUGUCUUGAGAGGAAUCUAGAUGUACAUGAAGAUAGUUCCAAAAAGCAAAAUGCAGAGACUGUUGAAGAUGCUAGUCAUGAAAUAACAGUUGAUAGAACUCCGACGGUGUUUCCAUUUUCUGAAGCAGACAGGCUGUUAACCACCUCUGGAAACAGUGAGGAAGCAUCAGCCUUUAAAAAUAUUGAUAUUGAGAAUCUUGGUGAAAUAAGUCCUGAAGCUCAAAAAUAUAUUCUUUACCUGGAAUCUCGUAUUUCUUCUUCACAAAAGGAACUUGAUGAUCUAAGAAGGAAAAAUUCUGCCCUUCAGAUGCAACAACUUGUAGGAGAAGAGAAGAACGAGUUACUCGAUUACCUAAGAUCUUUAAAACCAGAAAAGGUGGCUGAGCUCUCAGAACCGACCUGUUCUAGUGUGCAAGAAACGAUCGACUCUGUAGCACACGGUCUCCUUGCAACUCUUUCUCCAAAGAUGCACACAAAAACUCCUUCUCCACCUGAGAACGCCCCUAGUGGUACCCUAAAUGUGGGGAAUGAUGAUUGUGCAGAGCUUGUGGAGAACACUUCUCUUCAAUUCCAGCCCAUGAUUUCCCUCUCACGAGAUUAUUUAGCCCGCCUUUUAUUCUGGUGUAUGCUACUCGGUCAUUACAUCAGAGGACUAGAGUAUCGGCUGGAGCUGAUGCAGCUAUUAACCAUCUCUGGAGAUACAGAAACUACUACUCACAAUGGCGAUUCUGCUGCGUGAGACCAACUUGACGUUUAUAUUCGAAUUUGCUCUUGGAAGGUCUCUUCAGCUACGUGCAUCCUCCUGGAUGAAGUUCUAAAAAAAUCGGCCUCAGGAUGGAGAGGACUGCUUUUGUUCCAAAUUGAGCUACUGCUGCUUGUGCUUCCAGUCUUAGAUACAUGCAGAGCCAUCGUCAGGUUUUUUAGUGUUGUACGAGAUAGCAAUGUGUAUUGACGUAAUUUGUUUAUGGAGAUUUCCCAAAUAAUAGCGUGAGCAAAAUCAGUUGGACUGUAUUAUGUAAAUCCAAUUAUAUUUAUAUAAGAAACAGCAUAAACUGAAGUUUGUACUGCCAAAAGGUGAGGUAAAGCGAAACUCAUGAUCAGUUGAUACUUCUGAUCAAAUCAAAGGAAAAUUGUGGAGAACUAUGUCA